AAUUGUAGGAUUAUUGCUUUAUUGACUACAAAUCAAAAUUAAUUAAUGCCCUCACUUUUUUUUUUAGUAAUUUCUUUGGUCCAAUUAUCAGAAUUCAACCCACAAUGUCUGUUUUAAUGGCUGUAAUAAUUUACCAUUAGGCAUGGGGUGUCUUUCUUGAGUAAAGUCUAAACAGUCUCCUUAAAUACUCUUUAUAUUCACGUGUAUAUAUCUAUUCAUGUCAACCUUGGGGACUAAAUAAAAGUUAGGAUCAACUUAUAUUUGUAACUUUUUGUUAUUAAUGUUACAUAAUUCAAUGACAUGUAUUUAAUCCAAUGGCAGGUUUCUCAAAAUAAUUUAACGAAAGAUUAUUGAGCGUUGUAAUAUUAGAUGAAAUAAUUCUUAAGGUUUGAUCAUCUUAAUAUUUGAACAGCAUGAAGGAUAAUGGGAAGAGCAAGUCAUCCAAUGGUACAUUUCCUAGAUUUGAUAAUCAUUUUAACACAACUGUUUGAAAAUUGUUUCAACUUUUAUUCUCCUUUGAUAAUAUUUGAAAACUUAAUUAUAAUUAAUGAUUAACAUGGUAAUUAAAUGCCAGGGACUCACACGUUAGUUUGUAUAGAAUUUGUAGUAAACUGUAAUACCCAUAACAUUAUUCUUUGCCUUUUGGAACUACCCGUUAUUUAUCAGUACUGCACAUGUAGACUAAUACCUUAGUGUAAAUUAAACUCAGAGUAAUUCCAACCCGGCCACUAAAAUUCAAUAAGAAAACUGUUUUUAGACAAAUCAGAGAAGCUUAUCCUGAAACUACACUUGGCUGUUAUCUACCAAACGUAUGCCAAACCAUAUUGUCUUAUUUGAUCCAAACAAUGAAAGUGAACCAAACAUGUCGAUUUCGUUAGCUAAAAUAAAUUUUGAAAUUAAAAAAAGCACAUAGUUUUGAGGAAAUCCUCUCUCUCUCUCUCUCUCUAUAUAUAUAUAUAUAUAUAAACAUAUUUAUUUUCUUCUGUGUCCAUCAAAUUAAGCUGCUAUAUGCCUCUAUCUAGCAUAAUACAUACAUAUAUGGCAAGUGACCCGAGCUUGUCAAUGCUGCUCACCUUAUAAUUGUCGAAGAAUUCUUAUUUGUGGGAAACUAUGUAUGACAUGGUAAUUAAGUGAAGAUGAUUUAUAGAGGAUAUAUAGGAGUUGGUAAAAGACAACCCGACAACUGAGGAAGUACAAUCUGUAUUAUAUAUGGGUACACCAGCUUAGGAAAGCUCAACAAAGAACCAAACACAGCAUUUGAUGAAAUACUUUUGACUGUUAUGUCCUUAAUAUAAUUUAGAAAUGAUCUGAUUUUCUUAAAGUGCAUUUUUGAAACUUGAACCAAUGGGCUUGUUGAAUUUCAUGCUUUUCAACUUGAAAGAAUUUAUUCUAGUAUGAUAUCUUUGGUUCACAUUUUCUGGAGCUCAGAUGGUAAACAAGAAGUUUUUGAAAUGUAUUCAUUUGCUUCCUUGUCAUACCACUAAACAAAUUUUAACUGUAUCUAUCUGGCAAAACGUGGAAGUUCUUCGGAAGAUGGGGAAGUACACAGGUAUAACUUCAGAGUGUGCUGUGGCAAUGGAUAAGAAACAUUAUGCGCCAAUAUCAAAACAACCGCCAGUCUCAGCACAAGUAGUCAUAGGAACUCCUGGUACAAUCAAGAAAUGGAUGUCAAAUAGGAAAUUGGACUUGACUGAAAUGAAGAUUCUUGUUUUUGAUGAGGCUGAUCACAUGCUUGCUGAGGACGGAUUUAAGGACGAUUCCUUGAAAAUAAAGGAGGAAAUUGGAAGACGUAGUUCUCACUGCCAGGUUCUUCUGUUUUGUGCUACGUGUAAUGCAAAUGUCAAAAAAUUUCUAUCAAGGAUAGUCGAAGGCUACAAUCAACUUUUUGUCAAGAAGGAUGAACUGUCUUUAAAGGCUGUGAAGCAGUACAAAGUUCAUUGUCCUGAUGAACACACGAAGACUCUUGUGAUUAGAGACAGAAUAUUGGAAUUGGGAGAGUACGUGGGGCAGACAAUUAUAUUUGUACUUGGGCGAAAUAAUGCCAGCAUGUUGCAUAAGGCACUUGCUGACCUUGGUUAUGCAGUUACUACCAUUCAAGGUGCUGUCAGUGCAGAAGACAGAGACAAAAUAGUUCAAGAGUUCAAAAAUAACCUAACUAAAGUUCUUAUAUCAACAGAUCUCCUUUCCCGAGGCUUUGACCAACAACGGGUCAGUCUGGUCAUUAACUAUGAUCUUCCAGUGAAGCAUCAAACCUCGGAGCCUGAUUAUGAGGUAUACUUGCAUAGGAUGGGAAGGAUAGGGUGAUUUGGCCGCAAGGGAGCUGUGUUUAACUUCUUGUGUGGAGAUAAGAAUGAGAUGCUCAUGUCAAAAAUUGAGCAUUAUUUUGGCUCCAAAGUCGAAGAGGUGAAAUCUUGGGAAAGCGAAGAUUUCAAUGAUGCCCUUAAGGCAGCCGGAUUGUGUGAUGAUCCAGAGUUUCACUCAUAGGGACAUUAAGUUCCUAAGAUUCAUCUAAUGGCAAGGAGUUUAGAUUGAUCUGCCAUGCUUUAAGGGUGAAAAAUGUUGGAGCUUCUCAAUUCUUCUUGUUGGGGUUUUGUUGAAGGGGUAUAUAGUCAGUUUAGAAGUAUCUUAUCAAAAAAAUAGUCAGUUUAGAAGUGUAAAAAAAAAAUUUACCUCUUAAAGCAAAUUUUUGGGGUUGAGAAAGGCCCAAAACCACACAACAUUAAUAUCAAUGGUUUUUUCCCUUA